GUCGCAGCCCUGAAGCUCACCGGCGCCAUAGCCAGCAGCCUCGUUCUAUUCUAUCUCUGUACCCCCCCCCCCCCCCCCCCCCCUCCUCCUCAUUCCUCCUUUUGUUCUUUUGAGCCGCCAUCAUGCAGAACGAGGAAGGAGAUAACGUCGAUCUCUACAUUCCCAGGAAGUGUUCUUCAACCAACAGGUUGAUCACUUCCAAGGACGUUGCCUCUGUUCAGUUGAACGUGGGUCAUGUUGACGAAAAUGGCGUCUACACUGGGCAGUUUACCACAUUCGCCUUGUGCGGAUUUGUUCGUGCUCAAGGUGACGCAGACAGCGCUCUUGAUAGGUUGUGGGCCAAGAAGAAAGCUGAGCUUGGCCAGUAACUGUGAUGUGUAGCAUAUUAGGUGGGGCACAAAUUUAUUUGUGUCGCCAGUUUGAUGUUUGCAAACAACAAUUCUGUUCAUCUCCUGGAGAAUUAAAUUUUCGCCAGUAGGGUUUUUCUUGCAGACGACCACUAUUCUCUGUGACUUGUUGGUUUGAUAAUUUCAAAACUUGGAGCACUUGAGGGAUCAG